AUGGCUUCAGGUCUCGACUCCUCUGCUUACUUCCUCGAGCGGCUCGCCAAGGUUGGUUUGUCGAACGAGUUGAGAGAUGCACUGGCCCGAGCCGGGUACACGACGUUUGGGUCCCUUGCCUUUGCUGUGUCCUCGACCCCGGGCGCGGCAAGCGAUGAGGCUGUCUCCAGGUGGGCAUUGCACCUUGCAGAUCCGCUGCCGAGUGAGCACCAAAUGUCAGUGCUGCGCCGUUUACUUUUCGAAGCGCAAUCCAUGUCGAUUGCUGAAAUGCGUGAUCGGGUCAACCUGGCCCCAGGCGAGGCCCCCACUCGUAAGCUGCCAAUGAUCGAGCGGGCUGAGAGGCUGAAGGCUCUGCGUCGUAAGCUGCCUGGGCUCAUCUUGACCCCCGACACUCUUCCGGCCAACCGUCUGGUAGAUAACUUCGUUGAUCAGCUUGAUUCAGGUGUGCUUACAUACGUGAAGCCGGAUGCAUGCAUCAGCCGAGCACAGGAGAUGGACUCCAAUAAGAGGGAUCCGACCUUGCAGGCACAGGGAAACGAGUUGAAGCUCGCUGCUAAGCAGGUUGAGCUGAGGUGCUCUAUCAGCACUGACAUGCAGCUGAGGCAAGCUUGGACCCGGAGGUCUCUCGCCAUGGAACUUGCUCAGCUUGCCUCGUUCACUGUGUUGGAGACCUGGGUUCAAAGCUUGUUCUCAAGAAUGCAGCGGGAGCCUCCAACGGGGUAUCACUCAAUUAUGGCCGCCGAUCGGGAGCUCUUUCAGCUGCUGUCGCACAACCUUAUGGGCCAGAUUCAAGCGUCGGCCGGAGCUGUUCGUCCCCUCGAUCUUGAAAUCGAAAGCCUAAGCAAAAGCACUGACGUGCUGGUGCACCUGCUACCGCUUGUGAAGCCUCCUCCGAUGCCUCACCCGACGAAGCGGCCCCAUCCCGAUCCAAGGCUCCCGCAUAAGCCGACUCCCAAGGGGAAAGGAAAGGGUAAGACCGCUGAUCCGAACCAAGAGGAUGGGAAGGCUCCUAAGUACACCUUGCCCGAUGGAUGUGUUCCCAAGAGCGAGGACGGCAAACCUUGGUGCUUUCUGUGGAAUCAGGGCCGGGCUAUCACGGGUGCUAUUACCGGGGGUGUGGCAGGGGACCUCAGUGGCCCCGAACCACAGGAUGCUGAGAGCUAUGCGCUGAACCUCCUGGCGAAGGCCGAGGUCUCUGCAUCUUCCCUCCCUGCACGUUUUGCCAAGCAGUUCAUCGGGGACUCUUUUCCAUUCACAUCACUUGUGCUUCUUCGGGACAACCUCGCCCACAUGCAUCGUGAUCGCAAUAACACCGGCCUCAGCGCAUUGAUCCGAUGUUCAGAUUUUGAGGGUGGAGGUCUUUGGGUCGCCGACCCCAAGGGCUCGUCGUCCAUGCAGUUCGAAGGCAAGGUGCAUCAGGGUACCACUCGCGAGCUUGAGCGCUGCCUGUACUUUGAUCCAUGCAAUCUGCACUGCACGUUGCCCUGGUCCAAAUUAAAGGCCCUCGGAUCGUCCUCGCGGCCUAUUCGAUUCGAGAUGCGUGUAAACUCCCGAAAGCUGACGCUGACUUGCUGCUCAAACUUGGUUCCCGUUCGGGCCUCGAGUGAAGCUGACACCAAGUCCUCCCCAGCUCAGGUUUCCCUUAGUGGUUUAGGCCCUGCCUGCCGACCUUCUACGGGUGUUGAUGGGCCUGCCGCCACCGGCCUUGGUGAGCUACAUCAACCUUCCCGGCGACCCUUGUUCAUCGAACUUUUUGCUGGCUCCGCGGGGCUGUCUCGGGCCAUGCCUGACCUUGGGUUUGAGGUCGUUACCUUUGAUCAUUAUGUCAAUCACCCUAAGGCCCCAGUUUGCAAGCUUGACCUGGCCGCUGCUUCCGGUCAGUCGGUUGUCUGGGAUGUGCUUCAGGCCCGAAAACCCUUUGCCGUGCAUCUCGCGCCUCCGAAUCUUGCUGACCAUGAGGCUCUUGCGCGAUUCUGUUGUGACAUCAUCGGCUGGUGCAUCCAACGGGACGUCGUAGUGUCCCUUGAGCAGCCUGACCGGAGUGAAAGUUGGGCCCUGCUCACGUCGUUGGCCCGUUCGCGUGUGCCUGCCGAGGGCCUAUUUAAAUGGGCUGGACUCCACAAAAUCGUGUUUCCCCUCUGUAUGCACGGGGGGUCGAGUCGGGCCCUGACCCGUCUCCUUUGCACGGCUCGAGUUUUCGACGCUUUGGCCGUCGCCUGCGACGGCAAGCAUUGGCAUGGUCCGCGCCCCGGACCCUGGGCCGCCCCUGCAGCCUACCCUCCGGUCCUUUGCCAUCGCCUCGCCGGUUGCCUGCUCCAAUGUGCCAAGGCUCGGAAUGCUACCCCCGGGCCGCUUUCCAGAGUUAAGGAGGCUUCAACGGCGGCGGUAGGCCCCUUUACCGAGGAUGGACCCGAGGCUGAAAUUCUUGUCAAGAAGCUCAGCUGCUCUGAGAAGGCACUCCUCAAGGAGCAUGCGUACUGGGAUAUGGGGGUAGUCCAGCUCAUGGAAAAGGGUGUUGACCUCGUUGGGUUUCAGGACACCCCUCCUUGCUAUCCGCAAAAGAUUGUUCCUGCUACCAUGUCCAGGGACGAGUUCCUUGACUCCGCCGACUGGAGGCGGCGGGCUCUCACAACACCCGGCACCAGGGUUCCGGAUGCAGCUCAGCUUGCCCACCUUGAGCAGGCAUGCCAGGAAGAGGUAGACCUGGGGUUCAUGCUAGGACCCUACUCGGAAGAUCAAGUGUCCCAGCUGUUCGGCCAUACCCGUUGGUCGUGCAUCCGGAGGUUUGUUUUGGAGCAAAAACCCGGGAAGCUUCGGCCCAUUGAUGAUGCAAAGGAAGCGCUUGUGAACAGUGCCAGUACAUCGACGAUGCGACUCGAACUUGAGGACGCCGACUACCUGUCUGCCGUGGCCCUCGAGGUCGCGUGCCUCGACCUAACGAAGGCCUACAAACAGAUGUGUGUUUCCGAGCGCGACCUGCAGGUCUCGGUGGUCUUCUUUCUUGAUGAACGAGGUAAGCCGAGGUACUAUGUGAGCCAUUCGCUGUUAUUCGGGUGCACAUCGUCGGUUUUUGCAUUCAACAGGGUGUCAAAAGCAAUCUCCUUUCUGUUAAACCAAAUCUUGCUUGUGCCAAGCUCAAUGUUCUACGACGACUUCCCUCUUCUGUCACCGAGCCACACAAGUGACAGCGCCACGUGGGCCACAACCGCACUGCUUGACCUUCUGGGCUGGGGUCAUGCCCGCAUGGGCAAAGACACUAAAGGAGUUCCCUUUGCGGCAAGCUUCGAGGUCCUUGGGAUGUCGAUGCAACUUGACGGUGUUCACAGGGGGCGCCUGACCCUUCAGAACAAAGCCGGACGCAUUGAGCAGCUUGUGUCUUUGUUUCAGGGAUUUCUUGACAGGGGUGCCAUCACGGUGCAUGAGGCGCAAGUUGCCCAUGGGCUCUUGAACUUCUCUGCUGGUUAUGUGAAUGGUCGGGCCUUGCGCUUGACUUGCCAGGAGCUCCUUCGCUUGACAAAAGCAUCGUGCCCCGGUUCUCCGAAGGCGAUCCGCAGCUUCUGCGUCAACAGCAUUGAGGCCCUCCGGGCGCUAAGCCCCCGUGUGCUCAGUGUAUGGGACAGCCGGGCUCCCAUACACAUCUUCACGGAUGGUGCGUGGGAGCGUGGCCGAGCGGGCAUUGGUGCCGUCAUCUUUGAUACAGCUUCGGGCAAGUCGUGGACUUAUGAGGGUCUAGUCCCAGAGCCACUCAUCCUCCGAUGGGAGGCCGAUGUCGGGACUCAGCUCAUUUGCCAGAUCGAGUUGUACGCUGUUGUAUGCCUCAGAUGGGCCCUGGCCUCCACCUUUGAUCACAGACGCUUGAUUUGGUGGAUUGACAACGAAUCGGCUCGCUAUGGCUUGAUCAAGGGCAUUUCGGACAGUCCCUCGAUGUCAUCCUUGAUUCAGGCCUUUGCACUGGCGGAUUCUAAGGCACCUCCGUAUAGCUGGUACGAAAGGGUCCCAUCUUUUUCUAACAUCGCGGAUGGACCAAGCAGAGGCGAUUCAGCAGAGGCCUUGACCGUCGUCAGCUUGAUGCCCUGUCUGGGAGCUCGCGUACUCGGGGCACCUAGCCAAUCGUCGAGGGGAUACUGUGCCCCGUAG